CUGUGCAGAAAGCGCACAGAUUGACAGCGGCUCGCCCCUACCGGCGUUUCUGAUUGGCUGGUUAGAGACGUGCGGGUGCAAUUUGGGAGUGGGGAUCCGUGCGCGUCCACAUCUCGCCUCUGUUAACACUUCCGGAGCCGCCAUACGCGCAGUCAGUGAGCGCGCCCCCGGCUUUCUUGCUUCUGACACCCAAGUCACCCGCAGUCCGACAAUAUGAAUGAGGAGUACGACGUCAUCGUGCUCGGUACCGGCCUGACGGAAUGUAUCCUGUCUGGAAUAAUGUCCGUAAACGGCAAGAAGGUGUUGCAUAUGGAUCGCAAUUCUUAUUACGGGGGAGACAGUGCUUCCAUCACACCUCUGGAAGAUCUGUACAAAAGGUUUAACCUCCCUGGAAGUCCCCCGGAGUCAAUGGGACGGGGACGAGAUUGGAAUGUGGAUCUGGUUCCUAAAUUUCUUAUGGCUGGGGGUCAGUUGGUAAAAAUGCUGCUGUUUACUGAAGUUACCCGCUAUCUGGAUUUCAAAGUAAUUGAAGGCAGCUUUGUCUACAAAGGAGGAAAGAUCUACAAGGUUCCUUCAACAGAAGCAGAGGCUCUGGCAUCCAGUUUGAUGGGCUUGUUCGAGAAGCGCAGGUUUAAGAAAUUCCUUGGCUUUGUUGCAAAUUAUGAUGAAAAUGAUGCAAAAACAAUGGAAGGAGUUGAUCCUAAAAACACAACUAUGCAAGAGGUUUACAAGAAGUUUGACUUGGGACAGGAUGUCGUUGACUUCACAGGCCAUGCUCUGGCUCUGUACAGGACUGAUGAGUAUCUGAAUCAGCCCUGUCUUGAGACUUUAAACAGGAUUAAGCUUUACAGUGAAUCACUUGCACGAUAUGGCAAAAGCCCUUACCUUUAUCCACUCUAUGGCCUUGGAGAGCUGCCACAAGGUUUUGCAAGAUUAAGUGCCAUUUAUGGAGGAACUUACAUGCUAAACAAGCCAAUAGAAGAGUUGGUUAUGGAAAAUGGAAGGAUUGUUGGUGUAAAAUCAGAAGGGGAGAUUGCUAGAUGCAAGCAGCUGAUUUGUGACCCUAGUUAUGUUCCGGACCGUGUCACUAAAGUAGGGAAAGUUGUACGUGUUAUCUGUAUUCUAAGCCACCCAAUUAAGAACACAAAUGAUGCAAACUCCUGCCAGAUCAUCAUUCCUCAAAACCAGGUCAACAGGAAGUCUGAUAUCUAUGUGUGUAUGAUUUCAUAUGCACACAAUGUGGCUGCACAAGGAAAAUAUAUUGCUAUAGUAAGCACUACUGUAGAAACCAGUGAUCCAGAGAAGGAAAUUAGGCCUGCACUUGAACUGCUGGAGCCCAUUGAGCAGAAAUUUGUUAGCAUUUGUGACAUGUAUGCCCCUACCGACGUGGGAACAGACAGUCAGAUCUUUAUUUCACGCUGUUACGAUGCCACCACCCACUUUGAAACCACCUGCAAUGAUAUCAAGGACAUCUAUAAGAGAAUGAUGGGCUGUGAAUUUGACUUUGAAGAGAUGAAACGCAAGAAAGAGGACAUCUUUGGUGAAAACUAGGCAUGCGAUGCCUAAGCCUAGGAGAAUUUCUAAAUCCGCUACAAACGUAUUUCUGGGAAUUAGGAACACUGUAUGAAACUCAAUAUUGUAAGGCCUGCUUUUUUGUAAAAAGUUCUGGAAAUCCAAGAAUACUGCUCUGGUAAUUGCUCUCUGCCCUUUCCUGUUUUAUUUUCUGAUGAAGCUGCUGCCGCUGUCUGGCCUAGUCAUAAAUAAUGUCAUAAUUACUACAGAAGGCACAUUUCUUUCUUUCCCCCGUUUAAUAGAACACGUACAUCCUGCAGUGAAGGAUCUGCCUUCAGUAUUGACUUUUUAUCUGUAUUUUAAUUUAGUGUCAUCACUGGUACACACGUAUACUAAAGAUUUUUUUUUUUUAUAUAUACAUAUAUAAAGCUAUCGGGAAGAAACUUGGCAGAUCGCUCUAUUUUUGUGCUGCAAAACACUUAAGUAUUUGGGCAGCUCUCCUGUCCCCCCCCAGCCCCCAAACUACAUUACUACAUUAGCUCAUGGUCGGGCUUAUUAUGUGACACGGAGCACCAGGCGUGCACAGUUGUUAACACCAGCUGGGAAAAGAUUGCUUCCUUUUUAUUGUAAUGAAGUACCAAGCCAAUAGUAUUCUGCAGGCCAAGCGUGCCUGUUUCUGUAUUCCCUCUCAGCUUCCAGCAGGAUCAAACAGAAAUGCAGUAUUGAUUUGACAGUCCUACCAUCACUUGUUGCUUAAUAGGGUUUAAGAUGAUUUCUGUACUGCAAAGUAAAGCCAAAUUGUGGAAACCA